AAAUCCCAGGAUUAUUACAUAUUAAGACUUAUUAUUCACUAACGACAGGGACUUUAAUGCAAACUGGUUGAGCCAUUCUUAGGUUAUUGAAGUGUGUAAUAAAACUUUGGGCCCGUCGAUUUGGCCAUCUAAGGGGUUAAAUUUCGUAUGUUAUUUGAGUUUAUACAUAUAUGCAUGAAUUCAUUAGUGCUACAUAAUGAGUGACCCUCCUUACGUUUACAUACCGUAGAGAGAAAUGCUGUACAAUUGGAGUGCUUCGUUGUAAUGAUCACCCAGUUUCUUCGAUAGCCUCCCGAGCAAAUCUUCUGCCUUAUCUGUUAAUGGAGAAAAAAACUGAUAAGAGUGGACCACAAAUAAAUUCAUCACACUAAAAUCAGCAUUGCUGAUUUAUACCUGCAUUAUACAAUGAAAUAGCUGAAUAUUUAAUUGUGGAGACAAAAAGAAAUAUUUCUUAUUCAUUAGAUGCGCUAACUGUCAAAUAAUUCAUCAUUCAAAAUAGAUGCAGUAUUGUUGGUGCUUAUUUAUAUCCCACACAUUAAGCCUGCAUUUGAUAAAGGUAGUUAAAAAUUCGCGCAAAUAUUAUAGAUUGUUAUAGAUUUUGAGGGUAUAUGUACACGCGCGUGGGACUAAACGUACCUAAAUGUGUGCAUGAAUGUAUUUCUAUGAGGGCAGCCUAUACGUGUGCAUAAGCAGGCUAUACAGGACCCCACUGAAGAGUAAUAGGAGCCGGGCUAAAAUGUGGGAGUUGUGUCAUGUCAGGAUGCAGGAGAUGAAUGGUUGACUUUUCUAAUCGGAGCAGGCGUAGCGUGGACGGCUCAGGCUGAUGUGUGGGUGCAAGACUGCUCUCCUGACAUUUUUUUUAAACAAUACAUAAGAAGUGUGCAUGAGUCCGUGCGGCGAUAGCAGAGGAGGGAGGAGGGACGCUCUAAGGUCCCGUCACACCGGGAUGCACCGGCUACAACGAGGGAAAAAAUAUUCUGAACCUGAUGAUCGCCAAGCCUAAAGGGCAUUGGUUUAUUUACCGCAAAAACAGGGAAAAAAACUACAGCACCGAUGUAAAUAAAUCUGACUUCCCACCGGGGCGAUUCGCUGUUUACAGGACUGUUUUUGGAUCGAUCGUUUAGACAGUGGCUUCUUUUGAUUAAACCCCAAAUUGUCAUUGGGCAGAGGCAAUCAUGUGACAGGCUUUCGGUCCAAUUUCAACCAUGUUUCCAUGAAUUCAAUACUUUAAUAGUGGAACGGUCCACCUAGGACUAUAAUCAGCAUAUCACAAACAAUAAAUAGCACCUAUUUUGAUAUCAGCCUUAUUAUCUUUUGAUCGAAGACGCUUUUUUUCCAAAUCACCAACAGCGAGGAAAACUUUCCCUCCUCGCGAGACAGCGCCAUGAAUUACGAGUUCGAGCGUGAAACGGGUUUUAUCAAUAGCCGGCCGUCGCUCGCGGAGUGCCUGACGUCUUUUCCCCCUGUCGACGACUCAUUUCAAAGCUCAUCAAUCAAGGGCCCAGCGCUCGCGCACCCGCUCAUCCCGCCUCCCUUCGAGCACACCAUCCCUAGCCUAAGUCCCGGGAGCCAGCCUCGCCAUGGACGACCCCGGCACAGCCUGGACGGGGGCAGCCCACUGCCUGCCGCUUCGCUGCCGCCGGAGUACCCGUGGAUGCGCGAGAAGAAGGCCUCCAAGAAAAACUACCACCCCGCGCAGUCCACCACCGCCGCGGUUCCAGCUACAGGACCCGUAUGCUUCUCCCCAAAAGGUUCACCCGAGCUUCCAGCCGAGGUUGGUUUGGCCAGUGGAGGAGGAGGAGGCGGUUCGCGACGGCUGAGGACCGCGUACACAAACACGCAGCUGUUAGAACUGGAGAAGGAGUUCCACUUCAACAAGUAUUUAUGUCGGCCUCGCCGCGUGGAGAUAGCAGCGCUGCUGGACCUGACCGAGCGCCAAGUGAAAGUAUGGUUCCAGAACCGCCGUAUGAAACACAAGCGGCAGACCCAGACCAAAGACAGCCAGGAGAAGCCGAGGAACCCUGCGGCCGCUGAGGACAGCGGGGCACAGAGCGAUGAGGAAAGCUCUGUGUUUGAACCCAGCCUUGGUCAGGAGUCGAGGGCCCUCCGGGAUAGGGAGCUGUGUUCCUUUCAACCGGAGUCAUCAUCAGCUCCUCAGCAGCCCCACAACGGCUCUCCAAACUUUUCCAUAUCGCCCCUUGGUCCUAAUGACAGGAAUCUUGGGCACGUCUCCAGCCCCUCACCCACGCUUACGGGCUGCGGAGCUACAACAGGCCACAGACCUCACUCCGCCAGCCCGGACAACUGCAGCAGCUCCCCGCUCGCCCUGGAUGUGUCUUUGCGGGACUUCCAUGGUUUCCCCACGGACUCGUGCUUGCAUCUGUCUGAUGCCGCCUCACCGACGCUGUGUGAAUCACUGGGCACCCCAGAGCACCUAUCAACGGACAACUUUUGCUUUUUCACAGACGCUUUAAGUACAAUCGAUCUGCAGCAUCUGAGCUAUUGACCACAGGAACACUGGAAUAAUCUAACUUUCAUCAGAAGAAGUUGAUCUUUAUCGUUUUUAUUCAUAUUGGCACAAGGGCCAGAUAGGUUAUCAUUAAAUGAUCAAAGGUAAGAUUCCCUGUGAAUGCUAUGUACAGACUGUAUUCAGUAAUAUACCAAGAGACUAGAAUUUAAUCCUGAAGAUGGAUAUGA